UUAUUUUUCAUUUCAAAUUUGAAACUGUUCUUGUCAUCUAAAAGUAAAACCCUCUGUUUUGUUGCUUUUCAUUUCGUCGAAGAAGAAACGAAGGAUUCUUUUUUAUCAUUUCAAUGGUAGACCUAAAGAGGAAAAGAGGCCGCAAACCUAAAAAUGCCGUAGCAGACUCCCCUAGCGGCGGGGCUGAAGUGGACACAGCAACCCCCAUCGAAACCUCCACCAACGGAGCUGCCGCAGCCGACACCCAAACACACCGCCGCCUCCGUGGUCGCCCUAGAAAAGCAGAAUCAGAACAACAAGAAAGAGACAACAUCGCCACGUCACCAGAAAGACGUGGCCAUCGGGAUAUCACUGAGCCACACCACUUGAGGCAUGUGGCGGAGUUGUCUGCGGCAGCGAAGGCGAUGCCGUCAAUGGAUGCGGUGGUGAAGGUGUUUUGUGUACAUACUGAGCCGAAUUUCUCGCUACCAUGGCAAAGGAAGAGACAGUAUAGUUCGAGUAGUAGUGGGUUUGUUAUUGGUGGAAGGAGAGUGCUUACUAAUGCGCAUUCUGUUGAGCAUCAUACUCAAGUUAAGCUUAAGAAACGUGGGUCGGAUACUAAGUAUUUAGCUACUGUGCUUUCCAUUGGAACUGAAUGCGAUAUUGCAAUGUUAACUGUGAAUGAUGAUGAAUUCUGGGAAGGAGUAUCACCUCUUGAGUUUGGAGAUUUGCCUGCGCUGCAAGAUGCUGUUACUGUUGUUGGAUACCCUAUAGGAGGAGAUACGAUCUCUGUGACUAGCGGUGUUGUCUCGCGCAUCGAGAUACUAUCUUAUGUUCAUGUGUCAACCGAGCUCCUUGGAUUGCAGAUAGAUGCUGCCAUAAAUUCUGGAAAUUCUGGCGGACCUGCAUUCAAUGAUAAGGGCAAGUGUGUAGGUAUUGCAUUUCAAUCCCUUAAACAUGAAGAUGCCGAGAACAUUGGUUAUGUCAUACCAACACCAGUAAUUAUGCAUUUCAUCCAAGAUUAUGAGAAGAAUGGAGCAUACACAGGAUUUCCUAUCAUUGGGAUUGAAUGGCAAAAAAUGGAAAAUCCUGACCUCCGCUUGUCGAUGGGUAUGGCGCAUAAUCAGAAGGGUGUCCGUAUCCGAAGAGUUGAGCCUACGGCCCCAGAGUCCAAUGUCCUAAAGCCUUCAGAUGUUAUCCUUAGCUUUGACGGAGUUGAUAUAGCCAAUGAUGGAACAGUACCAUUCAGGCAUGGAGAACGCAUUGGUUUCAGCUAUCUUGUUUCUCAAAAAUAUACUGGAGAUGAUGCUCGAGUGAAAGUUCUCCGUAAAUCUCAGAUUCUAGAAUUUAAAAUAAAACUCAACGCACAUAAACGAUUGAUUCCAGCUCAUAUCAAGGGAAAACCUCCUUCUUACUACAUUGUCGGUGGUUUUGUUUUCUCUGCUGUUUCUGUUCCAUAUUUACGUUCAGAGUACGGAAAAGAUUAUGAAUUUGAUGCUCCGGUUAAGCUGUUGGACAAACUUCUACACGCAAUGGCACAAUCAAUUGAUGAACAACUGGUUGUGGUUUCUCAGGUGCUUGUGGCUGACAUCAAUAUUGGUUAUGAAGAACUGGUAAACACUCAGGUUCUUGCUUUCAACGGCAAGCCUGUAAAGAAUCUGAAGAGCUUGGCUAAUUUGGUGGAGGCCUGUAAAGAAGAAUACUUGAAGUUUGAUCUUGAUUAUAAUCAGAUUGUCGUACUGCAGACCAAAAGUGCAAAAGCGGCAACGUCAGAUAUUCUUGCAAUGCAUUGUAUACCUUCAGCCAUGUCUGAUGAUCUGAAGACAUGAGAGCUGUUUGUGAUGGUUUGGAUGCCCAGGAAAUCUCCACAUUCACCUUUUCCCCUCUUUGAGCUACUUUAUUCGUUCAUUAUCAUUGGUUAUGGAGUUUCUAGGGCCAAGUAUGGUGACGUUGAUGGUUGAUCCGAAGAGAGUUCGCAUUCUCUUCCGCAAUAGGGAAACUGAAAAAGAUGCUAGGGAAGUUUGUACCGGAUUUGCUUUCUUUCGUUCCAGAUAUACAAGUAGAGCGGCGCUAUUUCUCUGCCAACGGCUUUGAGUGGUUUAAAAGAUUGACUGUAGUUCAGAUAUCAUAUCAGGAGAUCUAUACAAACAAGGAAAUAUGCAAUCACUCUCCCCCUCAGCAUCCUUUUGUUUCCUGCCUAUAUAACUUUUGUCGUUGAGAAAACAUAGCUUCUGUUAGCAUUAUGAUUGCUGUGUAUCACCUAAUGAUGUGAUGAGCUCGUAGAAGACUAUUUGACUUUGUUUUCUUCUUUUGGGAUGAACUGUUUUAGCCGAUAAUUCAAGAUCA